AGAAGUUAGGGAAGUGAGCUGGAGAAACAUGAUCUGGGAAGGAAUCUGGGGACCUGGGUCAGCCGUCUGGUAGCUCCAAGCCCACUGGGAGCUGUGAAGAUAUGGAUCAUGAGCUGAGCCAGGGAGCUGCGCUGCUACGGCUGCUACCCCUUCUGUGGCUGCUGCCCCAGUCCUGGACUGCCCCUGAAGCUCUUACUCCAGGGUGGAGGGAUGAGCUGAAAAACCACACGUUCCUGCACACAAUGUACUGCCAGAUCGGGAAUCCCAACGUGGGGCUCUCCGAAUCCUUCAACGAGGACCAGCUUUUCUCCUUCGACUUUUCCCAGAAUAUCCGAGUGCCUCGCCUGCCUGAAUUUGCUGACUGGGCUCACAAGUCUCGAGAUACUUCCAACAUUUUCUUUGACAAAGCAUUCUGCCGGGCGAUUGUCGAGGAAAUUGGCCCAGAGCUUGAAGGGCAAAUCCCAGUGUCUAGAGGCCUCCCCAUCGCUGAGGUGUUCACUCUGAAGCCCCUGGAGUUCGGCAAGCCCAACACACUGGUCUGUUUCGUCAAUAACCUCUUCCCACCCACACUGACUGUGAAAUGGCAGCAUGAUUCGGCCCCUGUGGAAGGAGCAAGGCCCACUUUUGUCUCAGCCGUCGAUGGACUCACCUUCCAGGCCUUUUCUUACUUAAACUUCACACCAGCACCCUCUGAUCUUUUCGCCUGCAUCGUGACUCAUGAGAUUGACAGCUACACAGCAAUCGCCUUUUGGGUGCCCCAGAAUGUGCUGCCCUCGGAUCUUCUGGAGAACGUGCUGUGCGGUGUAGCCUUUGGCCUGGGUGUGCUGGGCAUCACUGUUGGCUCAGUCCUCAUCAUCUACUUCCGAAAACCUUGCUCGGGUGACUGACUCUUCCUGACCAGAGUCUGAGGCCAACAGCUGCAGCCAUCCAAGCAAGAGGUGUUCAAGUUUCUCACAUCCUACCCAGGAUGUCUCCUUCUCAGAGCAGGAGGCCCUGGGCCUUCCGCCGGUGUGUGUGUGUGUGUGUGUGUG